CUCUUCUUUGAAAAUUUGGAGAAGCUAGAGAGGUUUCUAAGAUGGCUCGUACUAAGCAAACAGCUCGUAAGUCUACUGGAGGAAAGGCUCCUAGGAAGCAGCUUGCUACAAAGGCUGCACGUAAGUCUGCACCAACCACUGGAGGAGUCAAGAAGCCCCAUCGUUACCGUCCUGGAACUGUUGCUCUUCGUGAAAUCCGUAAGUACCAGAAGAGUACUGAGUUGCUGAUCAGGAAGCUCCCUUUCCAGAGGCUUGUUCGUGAGAUUGCCCAGGACUUCAAGGUAAUGAAUGUGGUGCUUAUUAGUCUAUUGAAUCUGAAAAAUAUGUUUGUGUUUUGA